AUGACGCUUCCCGUCUCCGCUGGAUACAUUGAAGCAAAGGCCCGUGUAAUCCGAGAUGAUGCAACUACGGAUAUCAGUGCUCCGUCAGCAGCUACGAUGUUUACUGCCACUCAAAGAUCUCGGCCGAUCCUACUGUCAACAUUACUCAUCAAUGUCGCAUCAAUCGACCAACAGAAACAUACUCUGCGUGCACUAUUGGAUACGGGAUCUCAAGUCAGUUUUAUCACGAAGCAGUGUGCAGAUCGCCUCUCUGUGACCCGCCGACGUUGCUCUACAAAAAUCAGCGUGUUCUCAGGCACACCGGUUAACGUGGUGUCUGGCAUGACCACAAUCACAAUGUCACCAGUAAACCAAUCUGAACCAUCCAUUCCUCUCGAUGUUCUUAUUGUGUCAAAAAUCACAGAUGUCACACCUCAAGAAACUAUUCAAGCAACUUCGUGGCCAAACAUCAAUCAACUAGAUCUGGCAGAUCCAACCUUCCACACUCCAGGGCAAGUUGAUAUCUUGCUCGGCGCAGACGUCGCACCAGCUAUCUUCACCGGUGAUCGCAUUGCUGGUCUUCAACAUCAUCCAACGGCCUUUGGCACUGUAUUUGGAUGGGUUUUGAUGGGACCAGCUGAAGCAAUGACACCCAAGACAGUCACGUCAAUGUUAGUCACCUCUGAUUCAACAAUUGAACAAUCUUUGUCAAAAUUCUGGGAGAUGGAGGAGCCACCCCAUAAACACCAUUUGAGCCCAGAUGAAAUCCACGCAGAAAGAAUAUUCAUGUCCUCAGUAAAGCGUCUGGCGUCUGGUCGAUUUAGCAUUGCGCUACCAUUAAAACAUCCUCACCCAAUCCUCGGAGAUUCCCGGAGCAUGGCUCAAACACGAUUUCGUUAUUUGGAACGCCGAUUGUCGCAAAAUGAAGAGCUUUCCCGACAAUAUAAGGAGUUCAUGAAAGAUUACCUUGAGAGUCAACAUAUGGAAUUAGUCCCGAUGAAUAAAAGAAUGACUCCAUAUUGCUACUACAUCCCACAUCACUGCAUCGUGCGUCCUGAGAGUAAGACAACUAAACUCCGAGUCGUCUUUGAUGCAUCUGCUGUGACCACCACGGGACAAUCACUCAAUACCAACCUAUACACAGGUCGCAAGCUCCAACAGGACUUACCGCGGAUUCUGAUCCGUGCCCGAGUACACAAGGUUCUGUUUACAGCUGACAUCAAGCAGAUGUAUAGGCAAAUUGAAAUUCAUUCUGAAGACCGUGAUUAUUUACGGAUUCUUUGGCGAUUUAAUCCUGAUGAACCAAUAACAGAAUACCGUCUCUGUACAGUAACAUAUGGUACAUCCUCUGCUCCUCAUCAAGCAUUGCGAACCUUACAACACCUAGCUAAGAUCGAGGAGACAAGAUUCCCCAUCGGUGCUCAGAUCCUCAUGCAAGAUACGUUUGUGGAUGACAUACUCACGGGGGCUGAUUCCCCAGAAGCAGCUUUAGUGCAACAAUCACAAUUAAUUGCUCUAUGCAAACAAGGCCAAUUUCAACUUCGGAAAUGGGCCAGCAACUCUCCUGUGAUCCUUCAGGCUGUAUCAGAAAAUGAGCGCUCCAUGUCAGCUGAUGUACUAUUUGAUGAUGAGCUGGAGGCUGGGCUGAAAAUCCUCGGGAUGCAAUGGAAUCCAAAACUAGAUCAUUUCUCUUACACCUUCCAGUGUCCAAAUGCAAGUACAACUAAACGCUCGAUCCUUUCGGAUCUUGCACGCAUCUUCGAUCCCCUCGGCUUUCUCUCACCUGUCACCUUUUUGGCAAAGCACAUGAUGCAGUUAUUAUGGACAUCAGGAAUCGGAUGGGACGAUCCCAUUCCCGAGCCGGUGCAAACAAUGUGGCAGCGGUACCAAAGUGAAAUUCAAUGCAUACAAAAUCUGAAGAUUCCCCGACGAGAAAGAGAAACUCAGUAUGAACUUCACGUCUUCUCAGACAGUUCCGAAAAGGGUUAUGCGGCCGCAGUGUACCUACGCUGUGAUUCCGGAAACCACGUGUAUUGCAACCUCGUCACGGCCAAAUCCAAGGUGUCACCUCUGAAACGAGUGACUAUUCCACAGUUAGAAUUGUGCGGUGCAGUGUUGGCAGCUCAACUGUUGCAUUAUGUCUAUGAACUUCUCAAACAACUACUAUCCAUCGACGCCAUGCACGCCUGGACUGAUUCGACGACCACUCUCGCCUGGAUUCAAUCAUCUCCACAUCGCUGGGCUACGUUUAUUGCAAACCGAACGAGCCAAAUCCAGAGCCUCACACCACCAUCACUCUGGCGAUAUGUUCCAACCAGCGAGAAUCCAGUAGACUGCGCGUCUCGUGGACUCUACCCUUCUGAACUUCUGAAACAUUCAAUGUGGCGGAAUGGACCUGCGUUCCUGGUCCAAGAUCACAGUACAUGGCCCUUAUAUUCUGCUGCGGCCGUCACAGACCUUGAAGCACGACCCACAGUCCUCGUGAUAACCCCGACCAGCACCAUUUUCGACCGCCUCUUCUGUCGAAUUUCGUCAUUACAAAAGAUCAUUCGCAUCAUCGCAUAUUGUAAACGAGUUUUUGCGAACAUCAAACCCAACAGGAUCGAACCAACAACCACUGAACUAAGUCACGCACUGGAGGUCAUUAUACUCGCCGUACAAAGCCAAGCAUUCGGUGACGAACUUACGCAGCUCCGCGAUCCUACUCACAAAGGCGCUAGCAAGUUACGUGGCUUAAAUCCAUUUGUUGACAACCGUGGAAUCCUUCGAGUUGGAGGUCGUCUGGUCCACUCUGAUCUUCCGUAUGAGCAGAAGCACCCUAGUCUUCUACCGAGGACACAUCGAUUUACUCACUUGCUAAUUGACGACACUCACCGUCAACACAACCACCCGGGGGCUAAAACACUACAAGCCAUCAUCCAGCAACAGUAUUGGAUUGUAGCUAGUCGCCAAGUAAUUAAAUCCCGUUUACGUCAUUGUAUUGCCUGCUACCGAAUUCGUCCCCGAGGAGUCCAGCCCAUAGUGGGAAAUUUGCCAAAAUUUCGUUUACAGCAAAUAAAGCCAUUCACCGCAGUCGGGGUCGACUACGCUGGUCCAAUCACGUUAAAACCAUCAAAAACACGCAGCACUGUACCAUGCCAAGCCUACAUAUGCCUCUUCGUCUGCAUGGCAACCAAAGCGCUACAUCUUGAACUCGCCUCAGACUUGUCCACAGAAACUUUUCUGAUGGCCUUUAGUCGUUUUAUUUCACGCCGAGGCCCAAUACAACAAAUGCACAGUGACUGUGGAACCAACUUUGUAGGUGCCUCCAAGUUGUUUGAAAAAGUUGAUAAAUUCACACAAUCCACUGAACACCAGGAAAAGUGUAGGAACUUUCUCACAGCGCGGAACAUCAGCUGGCACUUCAAUCCACCAUCCGCACCUCACUUCGGGGGUCUUUGGGAGGCUGGAGUGAAGUCAACAAAAACACUGAUUCACAGAACGAUUGGUCUCCAUCGACUCAAGUACGAAGAACUCAGUACCCUUUUAACGCGGAUCGAAGCCACACUAAACUCACGGCCGUUAAGUGCACUCAGUCCUGAUCCAUUAGACUUCGAUGCACUAACGCCCAGCCAUUUUCUUACACUGAUGCCCAGCACUUCAACUGUCGAUCCGAACUUAGAUAACAUACCAACGUCACAUUAUAAACGCUGGAAACUCAUUUCGGAACUCCACACACACUUUUGGAAACGUUGGAAAAACGAAUAUCUACAGACUCUCCAGCUUCGAUCAAAAUGGUCAACCGGUCAAAAGAACCUAACGGUCGAUUCAUUGGUCCUUAUUCGAGAACCAACUCCUCCGUUGUGCUGGAAGCUUGGCCGGAUCACAGAAGUACAUCCAGGACUAGAUGGUGUCGUCAGGGUAGCCACCGUCAAGACUGCAACCGGGCUUCUCAAACGUCCAACAGUCAAACUCUGUCCUUUGCCAAUAUGUUGA